UGGCCUGCUCCUGAGAUGCCAAGAAUCGGAUGGAAAGUUAGCUAUGGUGUCGGAGCGGCGAGUGUUAAACACGCCCUAAUUGUGAUAUUCUUGGAAUACUCUGCCUGGGGCCUGCUGACGAUGCCCAUGAUAGCCACGCUGAAGGAAACCUUUCCGGAUGAGCCGAUUCUUAUGAACGGUCUGGGCAUGGGCAUCAAGGGUAUACUCUCGUUCCUCUCGGCACCGCUGAUCGGAGCCCUAUCCGAUAUCUGGGGACGCAAGCUGCUGCUGCUGGCGACGGUGACAUUCACCUGCCUGCCCAUUCCGUUGAUGUUCGUCCACAACUGGGUGUUCUUCGUGAUCGCUUCACUCAGCGGUGUCUCUGGGGUGACCUUCUCGGUGGUGCUUGCAUAUGUGGCUGAUGUGACAACGCCAGAGGAGCGCUCGAGGUCGCUCGGUAUGGUCUCGGCGACAUUUGCGGCGAGUCUGGUCAUGUCUCCGGCUUUGGGUAACCUCCUGAUGAAUGUGUUUGGCAUCAAUGCUGUGGUGCUCUUCGCCACAAUAAUCUCAGUGAUGGAUGUGCUGUUUGUUUGGCUGGUUGUCCCCGAGAGUCUGCCCAAGAAGGUGCGCACCGGCAUCAGCUGGAAGCAAGUGAAUCCCUUUCGGAUGAUGCGGCGCUUGGACUCACACAUCCCGACUCUGUGCCUCAUCGUCUUUCUGUUGCUGCUGCCCGCAGCUGGCGAGUUCUCCUGUGUGCCCGCUUAUCUAAAGCUCAGGAUGGGCUUUGACUUUAUGGAACUCUCGGUGCUGAUUGCCUUUGUUGCCUCCCUCAGCAUCGUCAUGAACAUGAUCCUGGGAUCCCUAAUACGAGCCGUUGGAGCCAAGGAGCGAUCCUCGUGGGCUUAGGACUUGAAUAUGCUGCAGCUGCUCCUGUUUUCCUUUGUCACGGAGAAAUGGAUUAUGUGGAUGGCGGGCCUUGUCGCCGCCCUGGGAUCCAUUAGUUUCCCGGCGUUGUGCGCUUAUGCAUCGCUCUAUUAUGACUCGCAGAGCCAGGCAUCGGUUCAGGACAUGAUCAAUGGGUUAUCCAGCCUAUGCAAUGGCCUUGGACCAGUCGUGUUCGGUAUUAUCUUUUAUCUCUCCGAUAUGGAUCUAAGUGAUGGUCUUCCCACGAAUAAAGAUACAUUUCAGGAGCAUACUGUGGCAGCUCCCUUUAUGUUCGGAGCCUUCUGUGUGCUCAUCGCCAUUCUGGCGGCAAUCUUCAUGCCCUCGGGCCAGGAGUCAAAGGGGAAGAAAGCUCAUUUCUCCAAGAUGCAGUAUGUGAUUUAAUUUUGUGUAGAA